AUGAAAUUCUCCCUCGCCGCUAUCACUGGCUUCGUCAGCGCCAUCAGCGCUGCUAGCCUCCCCAAUGCCUUCACCCUCGUUGCUGAGGGCGGCAGCACUCUCCUUACCGAUGGCCAAAAUGCCUACAUUGGUGCCAACACCACCACCCACGACAUCCUGAUCCUCCGUGGCGGCCCCAACGGCCUCGUCUCCUACACCGCUAAGAACGGUGUCCCCACUGCUUUCCAGAACCUCUACAUCAUCGAGAACUCCGUCUCGCCCGUCGGCCUGACCAUUCCCCACUCCGGUGCUGUCCCCGAGGGCGGCAACCUCACCGGAUUCGGUGUCAAUGAGCAGGGUCUCUUCACCCACGGCGGCAAGGCCUGGUUCGCUAUCGACGGCUACGGCGACAACCCCGUCAGGGAGAUCUACUGGUACGCUGCUCAUAGUUCUGAGUACCGUUCUGAGAAGCUCUACGUCAAGGAGCUCAAGAACUACUCCGCUUAA